AUGGAUAUGGGACUGACAGCAGUCAGGAUUCUUAGUGCGAGCUUCGUACUGGCAACACUACUCAACGGUGUUGCCGGUCAGUCGUCCAUUGGUCUCACCCUUCCCGAGACCGUUAACACCAUCGUGGGAGACCCGGUCACUCUCCCCGCAACGUUUCAGACCAACAGACGUAUCAUUUCCGUAUCUUGGGUGAAGCUACAAACAGAAACUAUCAAGCGGACUUCAGUACUUUCUUACUACCCUUUACUCGGCUCGUCCGAAGCUCACGGUACCUAUCAAGGAAGGGCGGAGCUUGUUGGUCGAGCGUCACUGAAGCUAAGUACAACUGAACUUGGAGAUGAAGGAACGUAUGUGCUGUCUAUUGUAGUACAAGGGCUCGGCACUGAGGAAGGGGCUGUACGACUAAAUCUUUUAGUGCCCCCUAAGGUUUCAGUUGGCCCGUCCAACCCCUACGUCACUUCCGCCGGAAGAACCGCAACCUUAUCUUGCACAGUGAAAAACGCAAAACCAAACAUCACUUCCCUCCACUGGGAGAAAAACAGCGUCAGGAUCGACAGCGAGAAAUUCGACACCAAAUAUUCUGGCGGGAAUCUUCGGUCACCUGACCUGGCCAUCCGUCACGUGACCAGGGCUGAUGGAGGCCUGUACAAGUGCGUCACGAAUCACGUGGUCCGAUCAACGAGCGCAACCCUAAAGGUAGAGGUGCUUUACGCAGCUACCAUUUUGACUGUGUCGGACUCCCUGGCUGCCGUGACGUCAGAGCGCGUCAUCCUGCAGUGCGUGGCCGAGGGCAACCCGCCACCGGACAUCACGUGGAUGAGGAACGGCGUGCGCCUGCGCAGUGUGACGCGCACGGUGUCACAUGACACGACCCGCGCAGGCUCAGUAGUGCUUCAGAACGUGCAGAUGAACGCUACGGGGACCUACGUGUGUACCGCCAGUAACGGGGUGGGGAAGAGCGACAUCAAGUCACUACAGCUGUCGGUCAAAGCGUUUCGCUCCACGAUGGAUGAGAACACCAUCGCCAUCUUAGUGGGAUCCAUCGCCGGCGGACUCUGGCUCUUGAUCUGCCUGGGACUCUCCGUGUACUUCUUCCGACGCCGCCGGGACCGGGCGGAGAAGAAGCGCUUCUCCUUCUACUACAACAUGGGGCGCGGACAGGCCGACGCCACGGACUCCAAGGCCGGGGAGGAAACCCUGGAGGUGACCAGACACCCCAACCUGCAGCCGCCUGCAAAAACGGUGUCUCAAAAGGGUCCGUACGCUGGGAUAGAGACCAUCCGGCGGACGACGAAGGGAAAAGUGAGAAGAUACGCCCAGGUGCUGUAUGCGUACCACGCACAAGAGGAGAACGAACUCUACAUGGAGACUGGUGACGUCAUCGAGGUGUUGGAGGGGGAAGAUGGCGGCUGGUGCCUGGGUUACCUCAAGGGGAGAAUAGGUCUGUUCCCCUCUAACUACGUCAAGUUCCUGUCCGCAUCCCAAGUCUCUGCAGCAAAGAUCCGGGAACUUUACUCUGACGCAAGCAAGAAACAGGGGAAGUCUAGCAUCUGAACUGUCACAAGUAUGACAUCAGACGUAACCAUGGUGACGACAUCAACAAUGGACUAGCGAGAAGAACUGUAGAUACUCUAUACUGAAGGGGGGGGUGAUGAUAAGUUGAUUUAGGGGUAACUGUGUGGAGUACAGAUGAAAUGUGGCAAGUCAUACACAGAAGGAAUGUAAAUUUGUAUCGUAAUCUAAACGUUGUACAGCAAAAAAAAUUGUGUCCUUUAUGUCUGUCUAUCUUACCAAAAUAAGACAACUGUCCUGUAAUGUGGCACUGAUUGUAGUCAUGUGGUGAUGGAGAAGUUUGUGAUAGCUACCCCAUGUCAAGAGAUCG